AGUCAUAUUGAUGAUAAACAAACGCCAUGUACGCGAAAAAUCUUACGUGUGGAGGGAUGUUUAAUUGUAAUUUAAAUAAAAACUAAACCAUAAAUAUGAAAUAUAUAACAAGAAGCAAUAAAAUUGAUUCAUAAGCGCAGUGAAAUACUGUAUUUUAGGGCUGCAAUUGCUACACUUUGAUCUUUAACAUACUUGGCUGUGAUUGAGUUGUGUCGCAAGGGUGAUGAUAAUAAGCCUAUUAGAUAACCAUUCGCGAUGGUAUCGAAAGCAAAAAUGCAAAAAAUCUCAGGGCGGAGCAAUCAGAUGUGUCGACUGUGUUUGAGCAAAGAGUGCCUCGAAGACAUAUUCAAGGUAGAGGAUCUUCAUCUAUGGAUAUCAGACUUUCUUUCAAUCAAGAUAACCACCGAAGACCGAGUAAGUCUGGCUAUCUGUUCUAAAUGUCGGCUUCGGUUGACUGAGUUCAAUGAGUUCAGGACACGAUGCCAGGAGGUGCAGGAUGUGUUGAAGUUGAUGGCUGAGAAAAAAGAUAAAGCGGCAAUCGAAAAACCGGUUAAAUUAUCUGUUAAAGCCGGUACUCCAGAUAAAACCAGAGACGGGAGCCGUAAGAACGCAACAAUUCGGUGCCAAACAUGUAACAAGAAAUUCGAAAAUAGGACAUUCUUAAGGGAGCAUAAAUGGAGGGCGCAUGCACAAACUCCACACGUGUGUCCCACCUGUGGAAAAGGUUUUGCUCGAAGGGACCGUUUGCAAAUACAUAAAGAAACUCAUACGCAAAAUGAUCAAACCACAAAAAUAGACCAACCCAAAGCAAAUCAAUUGCAGUGUCAAGAAUGCCUUAAAAUAUUCAAAACGCAAAAGCAGCUUUACGAUCAUAAAAGAGUACACGGACCCAGAAUAUAUGAAUGUUCAUUUUGUGAAAAAUCGUUUGCUGUACGUCAACAAUGGCAGAAGCAUUUGCCUACUCAUGCCAAUCAAACGAGGAAAGAUCAGGAAAAGAUUAGGAUUGAAGGCAGUCCACAAAAUGCUGAUGACGAACCAUGUGUACAAACUGAGGAUGAGGAACAUACAGCAGCAGAUAAGCAGAUGAUAAUUGAACACGAAUCGAUUACAAUUGAAGAAGUGAAAAUUGAAUUCGGAUCGGAUACUGAUACGGAAGUUUCGUAUGGCGUCGAUAACACAGAUGUAGAGCAAGGUCCAUCGUUUCUCAAUGCGGCUCGACCAGAUCAACCGAUAAAAGGAACAGAGAAGGUUGAAUACUGCUUAGCAACACUGAAGUGCUAUCCAUGCAGUAAAACAUUUAAAAACAAAAGAAAAUUUUGGGACCACAAUAGGCUGAUCCAUGGACCGAAAAACUAUUUAUGCACUAUUUGCGAAAAAGCAUUUGCAUUACCUGGCGACAGGAACAGGCAUGUGCGGAUGCAUAAAAAGGACAAGCGUACUCAUCGAUCGAAGGUUGCACAACAGAGCAGUGACUCAACAAACCCUAAACAUUUUAGUUCAGACGUAUCGAAAGGAAAGCUGAUAACGGUGCAGCCCGAAGACGGAGAAGACAAGAGCACCAUAAUCCCAGAAAAUGGAAUUGACAUCAAGGAAAAGGUGAAAAUCGAGCUUUGUGCCGAAGAUGAUGAUGAUGAUGAUGAGGAUUAUGAUAGCGAUGAGGAAAUAUCAAUAAUAGUUCCAAGACAUAUGAUUACGAAUGCGUUUGAAGAUAACAAAAAAAUCUCCGAUCAGAAGGGCGUCCUAGAAUUUGAUGGAUUGAAAGGUACAAACACUGUUGAAGAAUCGGUGCUCGCCAAUCCCCAGACUAGUGAGGCCGACCAUCAAAGGAUAGUGCAUGGCCCAAAAAAGUAUGCAGUAAUGGAUUUACAAUGAGCUCUGCCUUGCCAAGACACACGAAAUGGCAUCAUGAUAGCAGUGGAUGUUCCAGUCAGACGCGACGGCGUCCCAAGAAUCCAAAACGGGCGAUUGUAGUUCAUGAAACUGAACGUACAGUGAAGUUGAAUUUAAAAGCAGAUUUUUGGUUCAAAUGCAACAAGGGCAGGAUGGAGCACGAGACAAUGGAGGUUAUGAACUUUCUAUUCUAUUUACACUGAAUUUGAAUAAUAAAAGUACGACGAGUUGUUAUUACCAGCAAUGUAAACUGAUCAAAAAUAA